UUCUGUCGCCACCAAUUUUCGCCUUGCAACACUCAGGAACCACAACUUCGACCUCGCCCAACUUUCGACUAGCACUCUCCCCGCCGUCGUCUCUUGCUCCUCCGCUUGAACACUUACAGCUCCAUACCACAUCGCCAUGUCUAUUCGACUUGUCUCGAGUGCCAAGAGCUUGCGCGAGCAGUUCAAGGGCCCAGCCAGCAGUGGCAGUACCAGCAACAACAUCAUGACCUCCAGUGGCAUCAGCGUCUAUACAGCGUCCAGCAGCAUCUCGCGAGCCAAGACGCUUGAGCCAUCAGCUAUCACAUCCCUCUCGCGCCAGGGUAGUCUUUUGCGCUCCACAAGCAAUGGUAACCUUCGUCGGUCCAAGAGCACCCAAAAGAAGGGUCUCAUUUCCAAGGUCUUUGCAGAUGAAGCCGCAGACCCUCAUGACGCCUUGCCAGAUCUAUCAAUGGAGAUGACAUUGCUGAUUGUGAAGCGCUGUGUGAAGGAAAUUCGUGAACGAGGACUGACAACAAAGGGAAUCCUUCGUCAGGUUCAGAUGGCACAGAGCCAAAGGGUCAUCAUCGACACGAUACGCAUGAUCCUGGACGAUGAUGCCUCUACUGAACUCUCGCCCCUGCAUCAAAUCGAUAUCCACCUGGUCGCCCAUGCUAUGAAGUGGGCCAUCCGGUACUCGGAGGAGAUUCUCGUCGCCUACGAAGACUAUCAAGCGUUGUAUAUUGAACAAGACCGGAACUUCACAAGAUUCGCUCGCGACCUGCCACCCACCAACCGCGCGAUCCUCCUGGAUCUAUUUUCCCUCUGUGCUGAUGUCACAUUGUUAGCUCAUCUUAACAACAUGACCCUUGUUGCAGUCGCCAAGGCAAUCUCGCUCAGCAUCAUGGCCGGACCGGAACGUGAGUUCAGUACAUUUGACGCCUCGCUCCAGCAACGUAACCUCUGGGGGGCCGCUUGCGAGGAUCUCCUGCGCGCCUUUCUUCGCAUUAAGACUACACACGACCUAGCCAAGAUCGAUCAGGAAGAAGAAGUUGACGAGAACAGAUACAUCUGCAACGAAACCCGUGUGCUCAAGAGUGCUCGUCAGCGUACCAACGAGAGUGGACGGAGCCCCCACAACAUUAACCUGCCAUCGGGCCUCGACAUCUCUGUCCCCUCCAGCGCUGGCUCAAGUCUUCCGGGCUCUGCGGGCUGGGGCACGUCCCCUGGCCCCAUGAGUGCUGCCUCUCAUUACCCUGGCGCCAAUGGAUACUUUGACCUUCCGCGAUCGGGGUCACCUCUUUCACAGGCUGAUGGAACGUACGGCUCGUCAUUGUCACGAUCUCAAUCUCUGGCCAAGUCUGGCACCCUUGUCUCAGGGCGCACCUCGCCUUCGCCAUACAAUGCGGAUGAUAUCUCCGAGUAUGAGGAGCUCAUGCAAGAUCGAUCGCAUCUCCAAAAACUCCGCCAAGACCGCAACAACUUCCUGAGGCCGGCAGAAAGUCUUCGUCGGCGCUCUUCUGUCGCCGAUAUGGAAAGCCUUUACAUGCUGCCAUUGGAUGCCGCAGCUCCCCCCGACGGCUACGAAUCUGACCCAGAAGUGUCCCAUCCUCAUGAGGAUGAAGAUUCCCACGAUUUAUUAAUCCCAGAUUUCGCAGACGGUCUCGGUUGGGACUUCAGCAAGAACGUUGCCAUGAACUCAACCGAAAUGCCAUCCCUGGCCAGCUUCCAGGCGGAGCUAGAAACAGACGACAAGCAUGGCAUGAAUCGCUCAAACAGCGCUAGUAGCGACGCAAGUGGUCUUGAGCCCAAUGGGCCUGCCCCCUCAGACUCUCCCCGUAACAUCCGCGAAUUGUCAAAGCAGCAGCUUACCUCGCUGCGUCUCCGCCAACUCCAAGAGAAGCAUCAAGCCAAGUCGUCUUCAUCCCUUUCCGCUCCAUGGCAGCAGGACCUGUCAGCGCGCAAUUUCCCUCCCCCACCCAUCUCGCCACCACCGAGCGCCAUUACCCGUACUAUCACCCCGCUCCGAGUUCGCGCUAGCCCUGCAAUCUACCAUCACCCUCCGAGAACUUCUCCUUCAUUUAGGCCUCAUCACUCAAAGCGCAACUCCGCCUCUCGUCGAUCAAUCUCUAUCAACCCCGCUACCCUGAAUGGACGCGCUCAUAUGUGGUCUGAUUCGCUGCAAGCUGAUCUCUUGGCCCAAGAGCUCGCACUUCAGGCAGAGAGGGACCUCGUAAUCGAAGGCAUUCACAUGCAACUGCUUGAGGUCAGGAAUGCAGAUCACCAGGAGCCUUCUCGCGCCAGCUCCGUGUUCUCUCUCCAGUUGUCUCCUCAGGAUUUAGAACGACCAGCCCCCGUAUCCUUUCCUAAGGCUGAUCGGCCACGGACCAUGUACAACAUCGUUGAGUUCCCGUCGUUGUCAGAUAAGCUGUCCGUCCCAGAGUUGAAGCCUUCGCUACAGCGACGACAGUCCAUCGCAUCCAUAAACGAGCCUGAGGUUAGCGCCAGUAAUGCUCCAAAGGCUUUCGAGGUCGUCUCGCGCCCUAAGGAUGUUGAGGUCAGCGUGAUCUUUGCCCCGAUCCCCAAGGAGGCUCCAUUGUCACCCAAGCCAGGGCUCAAGUCUAAAUUCCAUGAGAACUUCCCAGAGCGACCAAUCUCACCCCCAAUAGGAUAUACUCAUACCCAUAACCAGGGAGGGCCCAAGCGUUCACUCACUGGAAUCAGCACUAGGAGUGGGGACAGCAUCACGUCGCCAACUUCCCCUACAUCUGCUUCUCGUCCAAGCAGACCUCAUACAGCACCUACUCAGCAGAAUGUCACUUUCUCUGCAACAUCUACAACGUCCUCUCAGCCCUCUACUGGCGAUGGCAGGCCAAAGACUGGUUUCAUUCGAGCGCUUUCUUUCAAGCUGCGAUCCAAGCAGAGCGACGACCAGUUAAAACCCGUGCGAAUCAACAACCAAGCUGUCGGCACUAUCACUACGGCCCCAGCUGUGUCAUUUGAACCUCCUCGUCUGGAACUUAGCUUCAUGGGAGAUUCUCUGACCUCGACUGAGCUGGGCCCUGAUGAUGUUCCUGAGGAACAUCUCCCACCAACCUCAGCCCCUGCACUGAUGCAUCAGGGAGCAAACGGAGCAGAUGUAUUGGAGAGCUGGAGACGCCAGGCGCUAGCAUCUCUCCCUAUCAAUAUCAACAACGGCACGGCUGGAUUAGCUCAGCAGGACCUUCGACCCAAUGGAUUGACUCUCAUGCGUCGUGCAUCGGAGGCGAUGAUUAAGUCGAGUGAUAGUUUAAAUAGGUCACAGUUUCAACAGCUCAAGAAGGAGGCCUCUCCUCCCAUUGGUCCUCUGCAGACGACCGCAGCUAGCAAGAAGAACGAUGCUAGUGGCUCUACGACGGAGGAACCCAUAGGUCGAUCUACAUCACGGCAACAAAAGCAACAGGAAGCAUUGCCACGCAUUGUUUCCGUUGUGAACAACGCCGUGUCUACUCAAGAGACACCAUUGUCACCAUCAUCAGAGUCAAGCAUCCCCAAGAAGACCGCUGCGGCUGAGAAAGAAUAUCAUUUCUCGACCGCAACUCUCCUGAAGGAUGGUAAGCUCUACUACCAGGUGCAAUGGGACCAGUUUUCGGAACUAGGGUUCAAAUCUGAUUUCUUCGCUGAACCGGAGCAGUUCAAGUCCGGAAUUCAUUCAAUUGGAAAGUCCCCGGUGGAUCCUCGGAAGCAGAGCUCGAUCGCAGCGGCAGCAACGGGGCCAGAGGUGACUCGACCCCAAGGCGAACAGACAACGAAAGUCAACUCGCGCAACGCCUCCGUGGAUCUUCGGGGACAGCUAGGUCAAGCGACAAGGAACACGACCACUCAGGAACAAGGACCGAGCCCAGCGCAGAGAGCAGCAGCUAUGCAGGUCGCGAGGGAGAGUUUUAUGGCCCUGGCCAACGAUCCCAAGGCAAUGGAGGCACUCAAGAGCAGACCAGGACAACCGACGGUCAUCAGCAGCGGCUCGUUUGCCAAGGGAUCGACUCACCCCCAGUUGGAUUCUCACAUUUGCCCUCCAGUGAUCACAAGCAAGCUAAAUAUGACAUCACGACAACAACAACAGCCUUACCCGAGCCCGGAUCCCAGCCCGAGCGGCAGUCUCAAGUCGGCUCGGUCAAUCGAAUUGCUCUCGGGGGAUGGCGAAGGACGCGACAGUGCUCAGAAGAAUAUGUACAACAGAUCUUCACCAGUCUCAUCUCCGGGCGGGGAAGCUCCUUUGUCGGGCUUCAGUAUCGCGAAGCAGCCUGGAUCAGUUGCUGUUGGUGGUGGUGGACAUGGCUUGUUUUCAUCCUCAUCGCCAGCCCCUCGUCUCGAUAAGCCUGUAGUCUCGGGAUCCUCGACCUUCGAGAUCAAGAGCGGAAGUCGAUUAUUUGGAAAGAAGAAUAAGUCGAUGAAGAAGAGUGCCCAGACUCUGCCAAGCAAUACCAAUGGUGGACGCAAACGAAGGUUGUUGCCCUAUGGCGUGAAGCGGCAAGAUGUGAUGACCAGAACGGUGGAGUCGAUGGACGAGAUAUUCCCUUGGAUGUGCAUCGAGCACAUGGCCGGACAGGACAGUGGAUGGGUCAUGCUGGAGCCCGUUCAGGAUGGCGCGGUUGGAUGGGUCAUCAUUGACAAGUUGGAGGAGGAGGAGUCCCAGAUUGGGUUGCAGCAACAAAAGCAACAGCAGCCGGAGCAGCAGAGACCGUUCGAGCCCAAGACCGCGAUGCAGGCGCAGGUCGCCUAGGGGCCUUUUUUUUAUUUCUUCUUUCUUCUCUUCACUUUUGAUUUAUUAUUGCCAAAAUAGCUGCAUACUAUUUUAUCGUUUUUAAAACUGUCAUGACUUUUAUCCCGAUCCAUUCUUUCAUCAUUGUUGUAGACUACAUCUCAUGCACGAAACCUUCCCAAAGGGGUACGCUGUGCCCCUUCGCUCCUCAUCAUAAAAAGCAUAUGAACCCAUACCUGUUGCCACGC